GUCACAAUUACACGUACGUAAUAGACUGGACAGCGGAGGGUGGUUAUCAGUGCAAAUGUUCAUGUUGCAUUUGAAUAGCAAUUUCUUUCCCUUUUGCUUGUCGAAUUUUGUAAUUUCCUGACAAUAUUCUUCACUGGCCGUUUUGUCAAGAUGAUAAAAGCAAUUUUGGUCUUCAAUAAUCAUGGCAAACCAAGGCUUACAAAAUUCUUCACCCAUUUUAAUGAAGAUAUGCAGCAGCAAAUCAUCCGAGAAACAUUCCAUCUAGUGUCCAAGCGAGAUGACAACGUGUGCAAUUUCCUAGAGGGAGGAAGUUUGAUUGGCGGUUCAGAUUUCAAGCUUGUGUACAGACAUUACGCCACUCUCUACUUUGUCUUCUGCGUGGAUUCAUCGGAGAGCGAGCUAGGCAUCCUCGAUUUAAUACAGGUUUUUGUUGAAACGCUCGACAAGUGUUUUGAGAACGUCUGUGAAUUGGACCUCAUUUUCCAUGUAGAUAAGGUACACAACAUUCUGUCUGAGCUCGUGAUGGGCGGCAUGGUACUAGAAACCAACAUGACGGAAAUCAUGACGAGGAUAGAGGAACAGAAUAAACUGGAGAAACAGGAGGCGGGUCUGGCCGCAGCACCAGCGAGAGCAGCAGCUGCCGUCAAGAAUAUGAACCUUCCCAACAUCCCCACACCAAACAUCAACUUGCCCAACUUGCCGUCUUUCAAGUAGUCGCAGCCCGAACGGACACGCGUUUUAGAUUAGAUGCUGCGGACCGAGUAUUGUUACGGUACACCGUGUACGUACACAUAGAGAGAAUCUUAGAGAAUCAACUGUGACCCCCCCUCCCAAUUAUGAGUGGCUGUUCCCAUUGUUGUCCACCCUGAAUAAGUGUCACAUUCCAGUCACGAAGACAAGAGGAUGCAAACCGCGCAAUGCUGUGACUUUUACGAAUCGACAUGCAUCAGAAUUGCUGCUCACAAAGCCAUAUCAUUUUUAUGCAUCCAUCUGUCAUGAGAUGCCAUCAGUGAAACUGUCUACGUGGAGAGACCUGUUCCUGCACCCCCAGAGCAACGUCCAUAGCGCAGGAAGCACGCCUAGUGUGCCUUCAGUCACUGAGGGUUGAUGGCUGCCCCCUGUUUGAUGCAUUAUCCCUCAGUGUGAAUGUUAAAAAACCUCGGUGAGGGCGCACUGCGUGGGCUGUGUAGAAUACAUGUAAUAGGAGGAGGUUGUCGUUAACUGUGAUGUCAGGACACUCACAUGCCUGGGCUGUGCACUGUAGAACAUGAAGCAUGCGCAUACAUUUUGGCAAGCCACAACACCCAACUGUUUGAUUGAGGAUGCGUAUAAUGUGCAUGUACCACCUGUGCGCGAGGAUGGUGCCCAUGCAGCAACAGCUUUGAAUUCAGGUCGCUCAAUUAAUCAAUAUACUUGUACCAUACACUGUAUGACACAGAAAGCCGGGACAGAGGCCAUUUCCAAAUGACUUGGCCACGACUGGAAAUAACUCAUGCGACUGUGGAACUGACCUUAACGCGUUCACCAUAGACGUGCAUGUACAUGGACCUGUCCUUUCCAGACAUUACUAAGAAGUUAGGACACAACCUGAGUUAUGUCAGACCUAGGUGUUUUCCAAGUUUCCUUUGCCUCCACAUCAAAAUAUACAUUUGCAUGAAACAUUGUUCUGCUUUCGCAGCACACCUUGUCACGCUCAGUGGACAUGUUUCAAGUUUUCUUCCUCAGUUUUCAUUCGACAGCUUAUGGCACAUGCCUGAAUUUCUUUCUUAAAUCUGUGAUGUCACAGCAUGAAAAGUUCCAAUACAGCCUCAUUCCAGCCUUAGAUACCAGACUUGGUUUUCUUUCGAAUUCAAUAAGAUCGAGGGCUUAGUUGUGCAGCUUUCAUGCUUUUCUCUUGUCUUCAGUUCAGAAGCUCAUUCGAUGGUACAAACUGUUUAUUUCAGAAUUUGCAAUUUUCAGUGAAAUUCUGCCAAACGUGUGGAAGCUAGCUAUGACAUGUACCUGUUGUGCUUAUUUAGAGACCACCUUAGAUGUUUAAUUAUGCGUAUAAAGUCAUUGUGAUUAUUCAUCAAUCUGGUCAUGUGUUUCAUUGUGCCUCAGAAAUCCUUUAGUAGAAAUUUUGAAGUUCCUUAAGCUUGACAGUUACUCCUUGAUGUAUGGAAAGACACACCCCCUCUGUACACAGUGAACCCUUCACAGCCAGUCUUAAUGGACUUAGCUGAUUCCAUAUUCCAGGUAAAAUGUAUGUAUUUAUAUUUCAACAAGUGCGUGUAGAUUUCAUACCUGUGUAGUGACUUAACGCUGAAUUACAAGAGCCUCGAGUCACACUGUUGAAAGUAAGAUUCUUAAUUUCCAUAUGGCCUGUGAUGUUCGCAUAUUAAUGAUGCAAAUUGAUUAUGCUGAACUGGAAUCAAACAAGACAGAUUGGUGAGAGGGGCUCGGUGAUGUGGAAAUUGUGUACAAAUCAAAUGAGAAGUGUUCUGAAAAGAAAAGGUUUUAGUACCCCAAAAGGCAGUUUACAAGGCCAGUGGGAAGUAUGUGAUGUAUGACGGGUGCUGCAUUUGAGCAGGGGUUAGGAACGGCAGUAACCAAAAAGUACCGAUUUUUGCUUCGCUUCUUGAACUAUCUCUUCGCGUCCCAGGAACAUUCAUGAGUCUUCGUACUCCUGUAGCCACACGUUAAUACAGAUCAUGAGUAGACAUUUUGUGUUUGGUAAUUAGGAAAUGUCAAAGUACUUGUACAUGAGUAAGUGUAUGUAUGCUAGGAUAAUUAACAUUGACUUGUAACUGUUUUUGGUAUCUUAUCAACUGUGUAAAAAAAAAAACUGAAGUAUUAUACAAAUAAAGAUAUCUAUUGUAUA